CAAAGAAAAAAAAAAGUACAGGGACGAGCGGCACGAUGUUCUUGACAGUUUAACAUAUAUUUUGCAUUGCGAGUAAUUAAGAAAACUCGUGACUUUCAAGUGGGACACAGGCUUGCAUUUUACGUGUGGCACCGCGUUUUAGGGUGUCAGAGCUUCCAAUGUUCGAGUGGCUUCAUUCAUUGGCUGCAGUCCAGCGUCGAGCGGCAUGUCCCCGUGUACCCAAUGCCUCGUCGUCUCGCCGUAAGUUAUCGCAGGAUAUUUUCCGUCUCGUUCGCGUACGAAUUUCACCCGAUAGCAGUCAUCGCUCCCAAUCUAACGAGCAACUGAUUUAGAAACGACUCGACUCAAGAAUUAAUGCGUUAGCCUUGAAGCGAGUCCGGUUCUUUUCUGCGUUAGGCCUAGCCAGCCGGACACUUGUCAUACUGCACUGCCGCACUGCUCCAAGCUCUCCAACGGCAACAAGUGACCGUCGUCAUUCGUGCGUCUUCCACUCGAUGAUUCCUGCGCCUGUCACGAAAAGUGCAUCAGAAACGUUCCGUGAAACUUGCGUUCGCGUUUGCUAGGAGGCUUAUUUUCAAGUGUCAUAUUUUGGGGGUAGAUAAUGUCCGACCACAUCACUGCCAACGGCACGGGUUCUCCCAGCUUGCUCAACAGUCUGAGAAAUUUUCGCUUUCAAAAGAAGUUCUCUCAAGAUUCGCCGAACGCCGAGACGCCAGACCAGGAUUCGGUUGAGAUCGCAGAAAAGCAGCCCGCCGAGUGUGAUCAGCCUGACAGUUCAUCAAAAACUCCACCUCCCAGCGUUGUGGUUGUGAUCCCAGAAACGCCGGAAUCUGAUCUUUUGAAAGCCGGCAGCGAAGCUGAGUCUGCAGCCGAGGGGGCCCUGGCGUGUUCCACUUCGCAAACCCUGAACUCAACCACUGACAUGGACGAUGAGAGCCCCAUUGUGUGCAACGGCGUGAAGCGAAAACGGGUCUUGUCGAGCGAGUCAGAAGACGACGAGAACAAUCCAAAGCCUCCAGUUCGGGAGAUGCCCACUCCGAGUCCGACCAAUGAGAGCAAUGCAGAGGAGGUGGAGGAAGAGGAGGAGGAAGAUGACGAUCUGGACGACUACACCCGGUACAUGACCAGCAAGGAGAGGUGCCUCAAGCAGCUCAUGGAUCGCUUCAAGGGUGCAGAUGUGAUGCAGCUGCAGGACGUGCUGGUGCGGUGCGACUGGGACGUGGACCGGGCACUCGACCAGCUAGAGAAGAGCCCGCCCAGCAUGAAGACGAGCAGCCCCCACCGCAACUCCCACUUCAAGACUGUCUCUGCCCCGAAGGGCAAGGGGGUAGCCUUCGACGGCCCCGAGGAAAGGGAGGUCGCCCCCAAGGUCAAGCUACGCGCAGAGGUCGUCACCAAGCCCGGCGAAUCCUCGGAAGCGGGCGGCAGCAGCCCCAAGAAGUCCAUGUCCAAAUUCAAGGCGUUCAACAACCUCAAGUCGCGGGAGGCCAGCUCCAAGAAGCAGGGAGGCGGCGGCCGCAAGAAGAGCAAGCGGUCCAAGGCAGACGACGAGAGCGACGACGAGGACUACCGCAAUGAGGACAUCUACGGCUCGGCCGACGACAGCGACGCCAGUGCCGGGGAGGACGAGACGCCCGCCAAGGCAGAGGCCCGUCGCGCAGUCACCGACUUCUUCGACACAGCCACACUUAACGAACUGAGUGCCGUUCCCGGCUGCACCAAGAAGAAGGCGGAGGUGAUCAUGCAGAACCGUCCGUACAAGACGUGGAAGGCGCUCGUGGACAAAAUGGAGACGGUCAAGGGAAUGUCGCCUACCCUGCUGAAUGGCGCCAAGAACGUGCUGCACAUGCGGGGGGUGGUCAGCCGUCUCAUGUCCAAGUGCCAGGGCAUCGCCGACCGUAUGCAGGAGAUAGUCUCCCAGCUGGUCUCGGGCAGUGAGGAGUCCGAGGGAUACAUCAAGGAGCAGCCAUCCACACUUAACAACAGCCUCCAGCUGUCCCCCUACCAGCUGAUUGGCCUCAACUGGCUGGCGGUGAUGCACAAGCAGGAGGUGAACGGGAUCCUGGCGGACGAGAUGGGCCUGGGCAAGACGAUCCAGGCCAUCGCAUUCCUCGCUUACCUCCAGCAGCAGAAGGAGAACGGGCCGCACCUCAUCGUGGUGCCCACCUCCACACUGGAGAACUGGAUGCGGGAACUGCAGCUGUGGUGCCCCUCCCUGGACGUUCUGGUGUACCACGGCAGCCAGGAGGACCGCAGGGAGCUCAAGUACCAGAUACUGGACGGGGAGGUGGGCACCUUCCACGUGCUCGUCACCACCUACCAUAUGGUUUCUGGGAGCGCGGAGGACCGGAGCCUGUUCAAGAAGCUGCCCUUCAACUACGUCAUCUUUGAUGAGGCUCAUCUGCUCAAGAACAUGGCAUCUCAACGCUACAACAACCUCAUGAAGAUCAACGCUCAGCGCAAGAUCCUGCUCACGGGCACUCCCUUACAAAACAACCUGGUGGAGCUGAUGUCCCUAUUGACCUUCGUCAUGCCACGCAUGUUCAGCAACAAGGCUGAACAGAUCAAGCUCAUGUUUACCUCGGCGGCGAAAACGGAGGAGGAGCAGAGCCGCUUCGAGCGGGAGCGGGUGGCCCACGCCAAGAAGAUCAUGCGGCCCUUCGUGCUGAGGCGCCUCAAGCGGGACGUCCUGCAGCAGCUGCCCACCAAGCACGAGGAGGAGCGUCUCGUCCUUAUGACCCCGUACCAGGCCACCUGCUACACCAACCUGGUCGCAGCCCUCUCCAAGGAGUUCCAAGAGAAACAGGAGGCAAGAAGUGGCAUACACAUGAUGAUGAAGCUGAGGAGGGCAGCCAACCAUCCGCUCCUGCUUAGGGUCCACUACAACUCUGACAAGCUGCGAACCAUGUCCACGCUCAUGCUUAAGGAACGCACCCACCACGAUGCCAACCCGGACCUGAUAUUUGAAGACAUGGAGGUGCUGUCGGACUUCGAGCUUCACACGCUGUGCACAAAAUACCAGAGCCUUCGGGACUACCGACUUGAAGAUGACCUCAUCAUGGACUCCGGGAAAUUUCGAGAGCUUGACUCUGUACUCAGUGACAGUUUGAAGAAGAACCACCGGGUUCUCAUCUUCAGCCAGUUCACCAUGGUGUUAGACAUCCUAGAAGCCUACCUCAACAUUCGGGGUCACAAGUGGCUACGGCUUGACGGGGCCACCUCGGUGACCGACAGGCAGGACCUGAUCGACAAGUACAACGGGGACAGCAGCAUCCUGGCCUUCCUGCUGUCUACGCGGGCAGGUGGACAGGGCAUCAACCUGGCAUCAGCCAACGUGGUGGUGCUACACGACGUCGACUUCAACCCUUACAACGACAAGCAGGCCGAGGACCGCUGCCACAGGCUGGGACAAAGCAGGGACGUGUUUGUCAUUAAGUUUGUCAGCAAGGACACAAUCGAGGAAGGAAUCUUAGCCAUUGCCAAGGAGAAAUUGAAGCUAGAAAAAGACAUCACCGAAGAAACUGUCAACGAAGACAUGGACUCCAUCAGUGUGGCCCAACUCCUCAAGUCUGCCUUGGGAAACUAGGUCUAAAGUUGUUUUUAAAUUGCUUUGUACAAUUGUCCCACUGAACGCAAAAGGCUGCCUCUCCAGCAGGUUGUACAAUGUUGCUAUAGGUUACUCGUAUUUUACGGUCAUAAAAGUUUUCCAACAAAACCGAA